ACUAGGUUUACGCCGGGGCAGGAUCCCUGUGCACACCUUGUCUGUCACGCGGGGACACGUUCGUUCUCCGCACCUCCACGUGUACUCCUGACACCCCUGUUCAGAGACACGCUGUCACUACAGUAAAUCAUUUACCAAAAAAAUGUUAGGUCCUGAAAACCACUGCUGUAUUUAGUCACAAUGAACCGUUAUGGGUCUGAAACCCUUAGAGCCGCCAAUCUGAUUACAGCUGCCUUUAACGUUAAUUAUGUAAAAUCCUGCGUCACGUAAGGUUUUUGUGCAGCCUUUGUUCCUGAGCUGCCACGGUUCUGAUCCGUCACAGUGGCCGGCCGGCAAGUAGAUCUGAAGUGUCUGAAGCUGGCCUUCAAGAGAAGAAUCAAAAGGGAGGAAACCCCCAGUUCACAUGAAAUCCACCCGAUACCGACAAGUAUCUAGGUGGCGGAGUUUAGCUAGAGCCUGGAAAAGAACAGGCCGGGUUUCAGGAGCACGCCGCCUGUAACGUGAUGCAAGCUUAUAAAUGACCCGUGCUCCACUGGCCCUCCCCUGGCUGCCGCUCCUCGAGGCUGAGUUCUGAUCUGUGUCCCUGAUUCCCUGGGCUGACCCAUUUAGGACCCCUGCCCGAGUGAGGCACCACAGAAAGCCCAGAUCUACUCACCAGAUCACCGGGGCUGGAGAGAAGACCGGCCGGGCUGGUUCCCAUCGCUGGUCCGCUUGCCGCCGGCAGUAUAGCUCAGGCCUCCCAGAGGGUCCAUUUGGCAAAUUUUCAGUCAUUGCUGAUGUUUCUGCGUGUCACAAACGUGCCACUGGUGUGAGCCUCUUCACACAGGAAAUCUGCCCCAGGACACAUUCGAUGGGAGGAUUAGAGACACUCAACACCCGUGAUGCCAAGACCACUUCACGGGGAGAGAGGCUGUCAGCUUAGGAGGAGGGAGACCUGUGGCUGCCGCGGGUGGGAAAAGGCCCAGGAGCCACAACAGUGCGAGAACUUGGGUUGCCGCUUCAGGAAAUGCGUAUCUGAGGGAUAUUUGGGGCCGUGUGUGAAAUUCCAGAGGAAAGCAGGGUCUCUCAUCAACCACACACAAAAGAAGGAUUCGUACCCUGAAUCGGAAAAGGUUUUCCUCUAGUUCUACCCACGUGGUAAAUGUACAGAAACCUCAGAAGAUGAGAAGAGCUGUCCUCUGUCUGUGUCCAGGGCGCAGUCCUUCCCUGUCCCGGCUGGGCUCAGCUCGGCCACAGACAGAGCCUUCUCCUCUCCGCCUCUGAGCUCCCAAGUACACACCCCGGCCCAGCCUCAGCUUUCGAAAAGCCAACGGUCAGAUCCUCGGAUGGACAACCGCAGGCCCAGAUAAACGUGGCUUCUUUCUGUAAAUAUGGGAUCGCAGAAUGGAGCCGGGGUCCUGGGUCAGCGUUGGACAUGGCCCAGGAAAGCAUCCGGGUUGGGCCUGGGGCCUCCCUGACGGAUACUUUCUUUUCUAGGGAGAGCUUCAUCCGCGGUGGUAUCCUUCUGCUGUGCCCACGUGUCCCCUGGUGGGCCUCCACAGCACGGUUCCUGAGGGCUGGUUUGCCGGACUCUUGAAGUCAGCUCUGAGUUUCCGCUUUCUGCCCCCACCUUUUCUCUAAGUUCUGAGUAGAAAUUCCACGUUUCAGUGGGAGGGACGGUCACUGACAGAUGCAGAGAGUUCUAGGACUUCCUCCAGUGGAGCGUGCUGGCUCCAUCACCCUCCUUCUAGGCCCUGCACCUUGAGUGGGUGGCUGCCUGCCUCCCCCAGGCCCAUCUGGAGCAGAAGAGCAAAGACCCCUCAGUUUGAACACUUACAGAGUCCUUUUACGUAAGCAAACAGGAAGUGUACAGAGCUCGGGAAAGUUAGUGGACAUUUAACUGCCCCCCCCCCCCCAAAGAGAAUACAUUUUCUUUGAAGGAAAUGAAAAGAAUUCAUUAUUUUCAAUCUCGUAAUCUGGGCCCGGAUCAGGGUGGUGCCCGCAAGGAAGCCUGGCCAUCCUGCCCGCAGUUACCAGGGACACGCCCAGCCCUCUGGUUCCAGGAUAGGACAUCUGUGACAGGGGAGGAGUGUGGGCAGAAGCCUCCGCAGGCAGGGAGCCGGUGGCCGGGUCUCCAUGGCCACCCGCAGGUGCCUACACUGGGCCUGCCUGUGUCGGGCCCCUGGGAAGACGGGGCAGAGCUGGCCCCCUGGGGUGGACGCACUGCGAGGCUCUCUGGGUCUGCCUGGGACCGAGUCCUUAACCACUGGCCAGCUCUCGUCCGUCUCCUUGCAAGUGCUGCUCUACCUGAGUGGGGGGUAUUAUGCCCUGUAUUUCCUGGCUACGCUCCUAAUGAUCAUAUAUAAAAGUCAGGUUUUCAGUUAUCCUUGUCCUUACCUGGCUCUCGACCUGACUCUGCUGUUUCUGAUGGGGAUUCUGGAAGCAGUUCGGUUGUACCUGGGCACCGAGGGCAACCUGAUGGAGGCCGAGGUGCCGCUGGCCGGCAGCCUGGUCCUUACAGCGGGCGGCGCCCUGCUGUCCACCUACUUCCUGCUCUGGCAGACGCUGGUGCUGCGGGCCGACUCCACCCUCGGCGCCGCGCUCCUCGCGCUCCACAGCCUGGAGGCCGUCCUGCAGCUGGUGGCCAUCGCUGCCUUUGUCAGCUAGGCGGGCAGCACCCGGCUUUGCCGGGCAGGACAGCUCUGCACAGAAGCCCCCGCCCGGGAGCUCGGCCGUCUCCUCCCCCGGUGCUGGACGGAAGGGCACCGGUGUGGACGGAUCGUAAUGGCUCCCGGAAGACACCGAGCUCCUGCUCUCCGGGACCUUUACCUGUUCACGCUGUGCACCGUCCACGUCUGGAACAAAACGUUGGGUAUCUGGACGUUUUCUCUACCGUUUUGUGGAAAUAAAUGUUUAUACCUCCCUGAA